CUUACCUUAGCGCGCACCCUUGCCGCUCGCCUUGUGCAACGCUCACUGCUCUUGGAGCAUUUCGAGCACUCUUGGCGGGGUUUGCAGCUCUUUAUAAAAAUGCUUUGCUUCAAGGAAACGUAUUUCAUUGUGAAGAGCUGCGCUUCGGUCCUCUGAGCUGUGCUGAGGAGCUCUAACAGAGCGAAACAGUUGCUGUCUACAGAUUUGAGUACUCUGAUAAUACAUACCCUUGCUUAGUACAUACUCUGAUAAUGCAUACCCUUGCUUAGUACAAACUCUGAUAAGACAAACACAUGGUUAAUACAUACUCUGAUAAUAUAUACACUUGCUUAUAAUGGUUAUGUUGUGGUCUGAAAUUAUUGUUGAGUGCAGGUCUGCUUGGGAGAGUAGCUCGUGAUAUUGUGCAGGCUGGUUUUGACAUCUCUGCUAUGCAAAUGUACCAUUUGGACAAGAGCACAGCAGAGGAGUUCUUGGAAGUCUACAGAGGUGUUGUUGCCGAAUAUCCGGAGAUGGUAUCUGAGUUGUGCUCAGGAGCAUGCGUUGCCAUGGCAUUAACUCAUCAACAUGGCGGUGCUUGUGUAGAGCAGUUCAGACAGUUUGUUGGACAAGCAGAUCCAGAGAUAGCUCGUCACUUGCGUCCCAGCACGUUGCGUGCAAAAUAUGGACACAACAAAUUGAAGAAUGGUGUUCACUGCACUGAUCUAGCUGAUGACGGUAUGCAGCAGGAGCUCACUGACUUGUCAGUUUGA